AAGGACGCGGCCGGAGCUUGACACCGGCGAAGACCCGUGUGAAGGGUGAAGUAUGGUUUGGGCAGCAGCGCUUCUUCUUCGGCUGGCAAGCGUCCUGGCCGCAGCGGCGGCAGCCACGCCAGAUGCCUUGCACGGCUGCCAAGCCAAGUGCGGGAACGUCACCGUUCCCUACCCGUUCGGCAUCGGCAAGGGCUGCUUCAUGGAAGGCUUCGACAUCACUUGCAACGAGUCCGUGGCCUAUCUCAGCGACACCAACAUCGACGUUGUAAAAAUCAACCUUACCGAGGGCCUGCUGGUCGUCAACCAAUACAUGGCCCAGGACUGCUACAGUAAGGACGGCAAGGACAACGACUACAACAUCCCAUCCAUCAACAUAACCGGCAUGCCGUACAAGUUCUCCGAUUCCCGGAACAAGUUCAUGGCAGUUGGGUGCGAUACUCUAGCAGUUCUCAGAGAUGACGAGUUGGGGCUGAAGACCGGGUGCAUUACUUCGUGCAACAGCACCAGGAACAUCCCCAGUGGCACAUGUGCUGGCAUCGGCUGCUGCGAAACGCCGAUUCCGAAGGGCCUCACGGCCUUCGAAGUCAUCGUCGAUGGCCCCAUGAACCACACCAAUUGCUGGGAUUUCAAUCCUUGCAGCUACGGCUUCUUGGCCGACGAGGGGUGGCUCAACUUCAGCGUCUCCAGCUUCUCGUAUCUUAGAAACCUGACGAACGUCCCAGUAACGCUGGACUGGGCGAUAGGGAACCAGAGCUGCGAGGAGGCGAGCACGAGCAGCCCGGCGUUCGCGUGCAAGGCCAAGCACAGCCUUUGCUUGAACUCUACAAAUGGGCCGGGAUACCGGUGCAAUUGCUCCGUAGGGUUUGAGGGCAAUCCUUAUAUGGAAGAUGGAUGCCAAGACAUUGACGAGUGUAUGAAUAAAACUUCCUGCGUGAGUCGAUGCAAGAACACGCCUGGAAACUAUACUUGCUCAUGUCCCUGGGACAAAUAUGGUGAUGGGAGAAAAGAUGGAAGCGGAUGCAAAUCCAUAUGGAAGCUCGUUUAUUUGGCUCUAGGUGGAGCAUUCGGUCUGGUGUUUCUAAUCAUUCUAUGUUCUUGGUUAUACUGGAUCAUCAAGAAGAAAAGACUCAUCGAGCUCAAGGAGAAGUUUUUCCAAAAAAAUGGAGGUCUUUUGUUACGACAGCAGGUCUCCUCUCUCGAGGGCGGUGCUCCAGCGACAAGGAUGUUCACAAUGGAGGAGCUCGAAAUGGCUACCGAUAACUAUAAGGAAAGUCGUAUCCUUGGCCAAGGUGGCGCUGGGACAGUCUAUAAAGGAAUUCUACCAGAUCAAAUAGUUGUUGCUAUCAAGAAAUCAAAGAUCACGGAUGACGAUGAGAUCGAGCAGUUUAUAAAUGAGGUGGUUGUUCUUUCCCAUAUCAACCAUAGGAAUGUGGUGAAGCUUCUUGGAUGCUGUCUGGAGACUAGAGUCCCCUUGCUAGUUUACGAAUUCGUGCCUAAUGGAACUCUUUCCCAUCAUAUCCAUGAUGAAGAUUGCAAGGCCUCCUUGUCCUUGGAGGCCCGUUUGAGGAUUGCUGCAGAAAUUGCAGGAGCGUUGGCUUAUCUGCACUCGGAGGCCUCCAUAGCCAUCAUUCAUAGAGAUGUCAAGUCCAGCAACAUUCUCCUGGAUGACAACUACACUGCUAAAGUUUCUGACUUUGGAGUGUCGAGGUUGGUUCCGUUCGACCGAAAUGGUCUUACAUCGUUGGUACGAGGGACCUUCGGUUACUUGGAUCCAGAGUACUUCCACACUGCUCAGUUCACGGACAAGAGUGAUGUCUAUAGCUUUGGAGUGAUUCUUGUGGAGCUCCUAACAGGUGAGAAACCCGUGGCUUCGACAAGGCCAACGGAAUGCAGGAAUCUUACCAUACAUUUCAAAUCAUGCUUGAAGGAUGGCCGACUUUUUCCGACCUUGGAGGAUCGUGUGGUCGAUGAAGGAUCGCCGGAGCUGCUCGUUGCAGUUGCAGAGCUUGCCAAGCGUUGCCUCAGCUUGAUGGGAGAAGAGAGGCCCGCCAUGAAAGAAGUUGCAGUGGAACUAGAAGGGAUGCGAAGAUUUCACCAACAUCCAUGGAUCGAAGAGAAUGAAGAGGAGGGAGAGUGUCUGUUGAAGGGAGCUGAAUGCCCGAUCCCGAGUCGUAUGCAUGGUGAGGAUGAUUCUUCGGUGCAUGCUAUGCAGCCAUUCGACAUUAUGCGAUGAUAUUAUUUCUUAUUUGAGUGCAUCCAGAGGUCUAAGAAGCAACUUUAUCUUCCUGUCUUACCAAGUCGUCUCAAAUAAUAACAGAUCUUCUAUGAGUGCUGGGAUCAUCUAUGUUACCCCAUAAUGGGGGGUCUAUAAGAAGUAUCAGCAGUAAAUAUACUGUGAUUGAAGGCAUUGUAGAAAAGUUGUGUAUCGUUUUUUCUGUUGCUGGAAUGAUUUGGUUAUCCUAAAUUAAACUAUAGUUUAGAUAUAUGUGGACUAGAAUUUGACACGGGGUAGGGUGAUGGAUGGCACCCAAGGCGGAGCCUCGCCAUAGCGCUCGGGAGAAAGGGUCUAAUAAUACUACAAAUACAUCUCCGAACCCUUUACUUCAGAUAGUUUUUGCCUCUCUCUUCAGUGCAUGGUACGCAUAUUUCUGCCUCUGCUCUGCUCAGGAAUUUUAUCAAACAGUAAUGUCAGUAUAGUUUUCUUCACAUUGUAAUUAUAUAAUCAUACCACUGAAUCAUAUGAUCACCCUGAGAUUUUUGGGUGACCAAUACAAAAUGUUCGUGUAUGGAU